UCUGGGAAGGGCGCACUGAUACCCAAGGAAGGACUACGAAUCCCAGCAAGCAGUUCGCUACGCGAGGGCGCAGGAGGAGGAGGAGGAGCCGUCGGGCCCUGAGGAGCCAGGCAGUGGUGGCACGUGGCAGAGGUGGCCAUGGGGAAGCGCUACUUCUGUGAUUACUGUGACCGGUCCUUCCAGGACAACCUCCACAACCGCAAGAAGCACCUGAAUGGGCUGCAGCACCUCAAGGCCAAGAAGGUCUGGUAUGACAUGUUCCGAGAUGCAGCCGCCGUCUUGCUGGAUGAACAGAACAAGCGGCCCUGCAGGAAGUUUCUGUUGACAGGCCAGUGUGACUUUGGCUCCAACUGCAGAUUUUCCCACAUGUCGGAGCGAGACCUCCAGGAGCUGAGUGUCCAGGUGGAGGAGGAGAGGCGUGCCAGGGAGUGGCCACUAGACAUCACCGAGCUCCCUGAAGGCCAUCUGGAGGACUGGCUGGAAAAGAGAGCCAAGCGACGGAGCUCAGCCCCAAGCAGCAGGGUCCAGCCCAUCAGAACCACUGUCUUCCAGUACCCUGUGGGCUGGCCGCCAGUCCAGGAGCUGCCUCCAUCCUUGAGGGCACCCCCGCCUGGGGGGUGGCCCCUGCAGCCCAGUGUCCAAUGGGGCUGAGCCCCUUGUCCCCAGCUGACCCCCACCUGGUCGGCUCUUUGCGUUAGUCACAGUAACAGUAAGGGCUCACCCUGGGGAUGUCUGUGGUACCCCAUAGAGCCUCUGAAGCCAUCAGCUCACAGAAGCCCAGGAGUCCUCCCCCAGCCCUGGGCCUGGCUCUGUGCCGGGCAGCUCCAGCCUCCCUUUCCUCCACACUCUCUCCCUCACCGGGCAGCUUGACAAGAGGGUGAGAAAACUUCCUUCCGGUUGUUUAUAAAGAAAGUCUGUCACCACA